GUCUCUCAGUAUGCACACCGCCACUUCACAAGCUACUCACACAUACGUGACAUAACAACUAUACUGUAUAAUGUAAAUAUCAUAUCAACCUUGUUAGAUACGCGGCGAAUACCGUGUGUAACUCCAUACAUAUAAGUCCACAACUCAAUCAAUCUCGCAUUCGAAGUUCAAACGUUAUUGAUGGUGGAUAUUCAAUUGUUUUUUGUUCAAUUUUCAAAUAUUAAAAAUGGUGAAAAAUAUUAGAGUGCUGGUUAUCUACACGGGUGGUACUUUUGGUAUGCUGAAGAAUGAAAAAGGAGUAUUGGUACCACAGAAGAACAUCGAGCAUCGAGUGAUCAGGAAGUUACCACAGCUGCAUGACAAUGAAUAUUGGCAAAAACACCUACAGGGCACAGACCUUCAGGAAUACCUAGCUAUACCAGAUGGCAAAGACACAGAACAUAAAGUCUUGUACAAAAUCUAUGAAUACGAUGAGCUCAAAGACUCUUCAGACUUCACGAUGGACGACUGGAUCAAACAGGCCAGAGAUAUAAAGAAAUUCUACCACGACUACGACGGUUUCGUGGUGCUCCACGGCACGGACACGACGGCGUAUGGGGCCUCCAUCCUGUCGUUCAUGCUGGAGUCUGUUGGCAAGACUGUCGUACUCACAGGAGCCCAGAUCCCCAUAUUUCAACCUCGCAGCGACGGCAACAACAACUUGUUUUGCGCCGUGAUGAUCGCCGCCACACAACACAUACCAGAAGUCACCGUGUUCUUCGGAGCCAGGCUUUUUAGGGGCACCAGAGUAAAGAAAGUAUCAAACACAAAGAUCUACGCGUUCGACUCGCCCAACUUCCCAGCCCUGUUGGAAGCCAAGGCGACGCUGGACGUAGACCCGAAGAUGCUCAUCCACCCGCCCGGCUCUGUGCCCAAUGAGUGCAGGUUGCACGACCAGCUCUGCAGGAAAGUGUAUAUACUGAAGAUGGCGCCUACUAUAGAACCUGAGAUUAUCAGGGCUGUGUUUUCUGGAAUGGAAGGUGUAGUAUUAGAAACGUACGGCAACGGCAACAUCCCCAUCAAACGCAAGGACAUCUACAAGGAGAUCGAGGCGGCCGUGAAGAACAAGGUGCUGGUGGUGAACGUGACGCAGUGCAUCAACGGCACCGUCAUCGCCAAGCCGCUGUACGAGACUGGGCUGCUCCUAUUGGAAUGCGGCGUGGUUCCUGCAUACGAUAUGACAGCUGAGGCAGCGUGGGCGAAGCUUUGCUACGUGCUCUCCAAGAAGGAACUUAGUUACGAGGAGAAAGUUAAAUUAAUGAAGACAAACAUCAGAGGCGAGAUGUACAAUCCAACAAACUAAUUUAUUUAUAUUUUAAGCGAUCUAAGUUUAAUUUAAUUGUGAAUAAACUAUUGUUAAUUAUG